CGAGCGUCACAAGCCCUGGCGGUGACUCACAGCCGCCUGAAGUCAAACCCAACUAAUUUUAACAGACACAAUCCAAGCCGUCAAUCAAGUACACCUGUCACCCCCACAAACCACCGUGACGGUUCAAAAAUACCCAGCACCAGAAUCACAGACCAGCUCUCUCGUGCUCCUGGGAAGCACACAAAUCCUCUGAUUCAACAACGUGUCUGUUCGCUCAUAUUUAGUGUUCUGCCCUCUUUUCCUCUUCCCCCAAUUUCAAUCUUUAAUUUUUGAGGCUUUUUUAUUUAUUUCAAGAGCAGAGUGAAAGUGGAAAUGGCAAGCUCAGUGGAGAAGGAGGAGGUUGUGACCUUAGAGCUACCAGCUCCUUCUGGUUGGAUUAAGAAGUUUGUGCCCAAGCAAAGUGGAACUCCUAAGAAAAAUGAGAUCAUAUUUACGGCUCCAACUGGAGAGGAGAUCUCCAACAAAAAACAGCUGGAACAAUACCUGAAGGCACACCCUGGUGGCCCUUCAGUGUCGGAGUUUGAUUGGGGCACUGGUGAGACCCCAAGGAGAUCGGCUAGGAUCAGUGAGAAGGUCAAGGCAACUCCAUCCCCAGAGAGUGAUCCCCCAAAGAAGCGAAGCAGAAAAACAUCAGCUUCGAAGAAGGAUAGCAAAGAGAAGGAAGCUGCCUCUCAAGGAACUGAGGAGACAAAAGUUAGUCAUGUGCAAGAUGCUGAUAAAGCUGUGAAGGAUAACGAUACUGAGAUGGAAAAGGCUGAUGUGAAGGAAAACCAAGAUGAGGAUAAAGUACAAGAUGCAGAUACCAAGGCAGAAGUAGCUCCUCCCGAAGAAGCUAAAGUUGAUGUAGGAACCAAUGAUGGGAAGGAAGUUGAGGGUUCUGGCUCUGGAGAACAAAAUGAAAAGAAAGGUUUGGAAGGAGGAAAAGUAGAAGAAAAGGUCGGGCAACCACCGUCUGAGGCGCAGGAAAAGGAAGUGACCGGGGAUCAGGGCAAAGCAGACAUAGCUACCGCACAUGAGGACAAACAUGAAGGAGAAGGAGAGGAAAAAGAAAAACAUAAUGAAAGUGAAACUAAGGAGAAAGAAGCAGCACAAGGGAAGGAUGAGGAACAUAAGAGUUCAGGUGUUCAUGAGUUAGGCAAGAAGAUUGAAGCAGCAGUGACUGACAAUUGCAGCAACGGCAAUGAGGCUGCGAAGGUUUAGCUCUGAUGGCAAUGAGGCUCCGAUUUCUCUUCCACCAUUCUGACCCCCUCCACAUUUCUCUGAAUAUCUCUAGUUUCAGUGUUGUUAAUUUUAGCUAUCUGAUUGUUCAUUGAAACAUCCGACAAUAGAUCAUUAGAUUAGGCUGUACCAUGUACCAUCCUUUCUUGUGUAUUAGAGAGACUGUACCAUCGUUUGUUGUGUACUAGAGAGAAUGUAGUUGGCAGUGACCUCUGUAACAUUAUGGUGUAAAAUACUGGUGGUGUAAUACUGUUAUGCAGUGAUAUUAAUAAGUCGGCUUGACUUCA